GCUUAAACGGUCUCCAGUUGUAUCUUACCGUCCUCACAGCCAUAGACACACAUCUCAGUUUAGCCUGUAGACACUAUAACUGCUGACGAUUUACGAAGGAACUCAUGACAGUCCCCGAGGCCAAGCGACAGCGAAGAGAAAAUAUGCUUGACACUCACGAAGAGAAUGCCCAUAGCUUAGACAGCAACUCGCCCCAACCGGUAGAGACAGUUACACCUGUAAAUGAAGAUAGCGUCAUGACUGAUAGCAGUCAAGUUGAAGAACCAGAAGUAAAUGGGCACAUUGUUCCUCUAAACUCUACUGAGAUAACUACGGCAUUGGAAUCGUGCAAAAUUCUAGUUAUUGGCGCCGGUGGACUAGGUUGUGAGAUUUUGAAGAACCUCGCUCUCACCGGUUUUAACGACAUUCACGUAAUUGAUAUGGAUACUAUUGAUGUCAGCAACCUUAAUCGCCAGUUCUUGUUUCGGUCCGCCGACGUUGGAAAAUCGAAAGCAUUAGUGGCAGCUGAAUUUGUGAUGAAUCGUAUGCCAGGAGUCAAAAUUAUACCGUAUAUGGGAAGGAUCCAGGACAAGGAUGAAGAUUAUUACUCUCAAUUUCAAAUUGUCAUCUGUGGUCUUGAUUCUAUCGAAGCUCGGCGGUGGAUCAAUGCUAUGUUGGUCAGCCUUGUGGACGAUGAAUCUCCUGAAAGUUUAAUUCCAAUGGUGGAUGGUGGAACGGAAGGAUUCAAGGGCCAAGCUAGAGUCAUAUUACCUACCAUCACGUCAUGUUACGAAUGCUCCCUUGAUAUGUUUAACAAGCCCAACAGCUUUCCCAUUUGUACCAUCGCAAACACACCUCGAUUACCUGAGCAUUGUAUAGAAUGGGCUUCAGUACUGGAAUGGCCUCGUGUGUUCCCAGAUCAAAAGUAUGACACGGAUAACCCGGAACAUAUUUCAUGGCUUUAUGAAACUGCGUUGACGCGAGCAAAGAAGUUCAAUAUCGAUGGAGUAUCUUACUUCCUGACCCAGGGUGUAGUUAAGAAUAUCAUACCCGCAAUUGCAUCGACGAACGCCAUUAUCGCCGCUGCUUGUUGUAACGAGGCUUUCAAAAUUGCAACAUCAGUUGCUCCCUUUUUGAACAACUACAUGAUGUACACAGGCAAUGACGGAGUCUACACAUAUACCUUUGAACAUCAAAAGAAACCUGAAUGCCCUGUUUGCGGAACGGUAGCCAUCAAGAUCGAGAUUAACCCAGACAUGAUACUGGAAGACUUUUUGGAUGUUUUGAAGGAAAAGCCCGACACCCAACUGAAGAAGCCAAGUCUUCGUACGGCGACAAAGGCCUUGUAUAUGCAAGCUCCACCACCUCUAGAAAAGGCCAGUCGACCUAAUCUUGUCCUCAAAAUGGGAGACCUAGUCGAAGACGGUGAUGAAAUUACUGUUACGGACGUAGCUCUACCUGUUAGUAUGCAGCUCAAGGUCAAAUUGAUUACAAAAUAAUCGUUCUUCUGUGAAGAAGAUCAAAUCAGUAAAAAUUGUUUAAAAAGACAAAAACAUUUAAAGAUGUGUUCCAUUAGUGUUUACGAUGGACACAAAUAAGCCCUUCAGCUAGUAUGGCGCUGCUCAUACCUAUGGCUGAUAAGGCGGGCAGCACGUAUUUAUUUAAACAAUGA